CAGAAUUAAUCAAUUGCGGUGGAGAGCCAUCUGUCAAAACCCUACAUCUUCUGUGCAACCGAAUACUCCAAACUGGUAAAUGGCCUACACAAUGGACUCAGUCCAUCCUCAUUCCCAUCCCAAAGAAGAAAAUGAGCAAAAACUGUAGUGAACACCGCACAAUUAGCCUUAUAAGUCACCCUAGCAAAGUCUUACUUACCAUCAUCCUAAAUAGAAUAAAACCGGGAAUCGAAGAAAUUCUAGAUGAAUCACAAGCUGGCUUCAGAAAAGACCGAAGCACAGUGGAACAGAUUUUAAAUCUAAGGCUUCUGAGUGAAAGCCAGAGAAACCACCAGAAGAAUGUUUUCCUUAAUCGACUUUAA